GUCAUCGCAUUUCCAGGUCAUCGCGAUGAGCUUCGAGGAGAGCGUCACGUCCUUCUACGUGGCGUUCGCGGAGCAGCAACUGGACCAGGUAUGUCAGGCCUUGGGAGACAUGCGUGUGUCAGCUAGACGUACGUCGGACGGAGACCAGGAGGCGGCUGCUGUACGCGACGAGAUGUUACGCAACUGCGAAGCCAAAGCCCAGACGCUGCAAGACACCGCACUCUCCCGUCUGCAGCAGGCCUGCGCGGGCUCCGACGUGGAUGUAGACGCAGCACUGACUGCCUUCGCUCGCUGUGCUGCUCUGAACGCCGCACAAGAGGCCGCGCCCAAGUUUUCCAGCUGCUUGAGUGGCAUCUUCGCCACUCAAGCCCGUGCGAGUCUAGACCGCGUACGAGGCAGCAAACAGGCCGCGAAAGUCAAUGAACAUGGCUACAUCGACCGAGCGUUCUACGUAGAAUCGUUAAGCGAGCUGCUGACUGGCGCUACGGACAUUAUGAACGCUGUAGCGGAUGUUACAGCAGAUCCACUGGUACUCAAGCAAAUACUGGAGCCGAUCCACGCUUCAUGUGCUAACAUCGCGUUGCAAAUGGUACAAAUGUAUGCAGACGACGCUCGAAUGGUGGCGUGGGAACGUAGAGCUAAUUCCCAGGCACAGAGAGACCCCAGACACGUGCUGGAGGGCGACGAAGUGGAGGCGGACGAGAGUUUACAGAUGAUCGACUUGUUUCUGGAUGAACUCGCAUUUAUUAUCCGAGUAUUAGUGAGCUAUACUGCGUUCCUAGCUACAGUAUGUGAAGGAUUGGGACAGAAAGAUGGAGGAUUCCAAGUGAAAGUGCAGGAACUUAGUGGUGUGUACGUUGUGCUCGAAAGAUUCUACGUGUUCCAGUCGGUACACAAAGCCACGGCGAUUGCUGAGCCCCAGGAACUGGAACAGGGAGUCUACGUGUCCAGUGUCGUUGAGGACGUGUCGUUCGUACUCAAUAAGGCGUUCUUUAGAGCGUCACAAUGUAUGAAUUAUCAUACUGCUCUGUCGAUUGUGAUUGCGAUAGUGGACGCACUGGAGUCACAGUAUCUGCAAGCUAUACUGGUACUACCUAGUCGACCGUGCGUGAUCCCUCUGAGCUCCAUUAACGCAGCAACUGGACAAGAUGGCAACAACGAGCAAGAGGUGUCCUUUUCGGACAUGCUAUUGCAGGCCGUGGAUGAAGAUUUGCAGCGAACAUUACAGGAGGAAGCGAGACUCAUCAUGACCAUCAACUCGGCUUACAUGAGCGGCGAGUUUGUACGUGCACUACAAGAAAAAAUCGAGGAAUAUUCAAGCUCGAGUUUCCCGAAUGAUGCUCCUAUUCUCGAGUGUCUACCGACGCCUAUUCACGAUAUGACGGAGGCAUUCCACUCAAUUGUAUCCAACGAGAUACAGGAGAUGCUCUCACGAACUCUUCACAAACGACUGCCUCAAGUGCUCAGUCGUUCAAUGGAUGAACAACUACAGUACGUUCUAACGUCAGCUCAAUACGAUGCACUCGGGUCGCAGGGCUCUCCUUUGGUACGACUAGUGGAACGAGAGAUCCUGACAAAUCGAGAGCUGCAACGGUAUGAACGUGCACUAUGCAGAGUUUCCUUUGAGGACCUCGUUGAAGCAGCCACGCAAUACUUAACGUCUUGUGUGGAAAACGCGCUUCUCUCGUCCAAGAAACGCUGCAAUGAUUUGGGUGCGUUGCAACUGGAACGUGAAGUCACUGACAUGUUGACACGCAUGUCCACGCUUGUGCCGCAAAGAAGCCUUCGUGGAGCUUUUACCCGACUCUUUCAAGUCGUGUUUAUCCUAAACUUGAUGCAGCCAGCACACGUUCUAGACUACUUGGCGAGCUUGCGUGAGGAGUUUUCUAUGGAAAUUAUUGAAACACUCCUGCGCAUGCGUGUAGACUUCAAAAGCCAGGAUAUCGCGCGUGUGAUGGAUCAAAUUUCCAAGACCGACACAAAAUCCACAAAAUCUUCGUAGCAAGAUCGACUUUUGUGUAACUCUACAUAUCAUAGACGAAAGUGAGACUGUGGCAUGUUCGUUCUUUUUGAUAAAACUAUACAUGCGUGGUGCACCUCU